AUGAAGCGCGCCGAGUCGGAGCUGUUUAUUCCUCAUCGCUUUUUGGGCGUUGUCGUUGGAGAUGUAAGUGUCGCCCCCUCAAUCCGCACGACCUUUGUCGGAAAACGCUCCACCCUCUCCGUCCUCUGUCCAAUCGAUAAUUUCAUAAUUCAAUACAACGGAAAAAAGUUGAGAGCCAUUGGAAUGUCCGAUCCUCUGAACGACCGUGUCUCCGCAGUCGCUUCCUCCAGUUCCAGCGUCUUUGCAGCAGCCGGCACCCGAAUUUCGGUCCUCCCAUUCUGCAGAGAAAUCACUGAAACCCUGGAUCUAGGUGUGCCGAUUGCUCAACUUACUUUGAUUGGUACCCAACUCAUCGCCAUCGAUUCGGAUUCCGGAAUCCACGUCAUCGAAACAACCGGAGAGAAUCUUCAGAAGAAUCUGCAUUUAGAGGGUUCUGACACAUUUGAAAUCAGUGCAAUUUGCCAUCCCAGCACUUAUUUGAAUAAAAUUGUUCUGGGAAGUGCUGGAGGCAAAUUGAGGAUUCUAAAUAUUCGAACCGGAAAAGUGAUUCAUGAGUUUCAAAGGGAAUUUGGAGCCAGAAUCACUCAUCUGGAGCAGACUACGGCUUUAGACGUGCUGGCUGUGGGGUUGGAGAAUGGAGAGGUUUUUCUGUUCAAUGUGAAGAUGGACAAGGUCCUGGGAGCGUUUCGGCACGAUGCCAAAGUGACGAAUAUCGCGUUUCGCGAUGACGGCGAAUCAACGAUGGUGACUGCCGAUGCGAAUGGAACCAUUGCUAUUUGGGAUUUGGAGAAACAAGAAUUGCUGGGAAAAAUCACUGGAAUUCAUUCCAAUGAAAUAAAUUGUCUGCAUUUUAUUUCCGGGGAGCCGAUUAUGCUCUCCUCCUCGCUGGACAACUCGAUUCGUCUCUGGAUUUUCGACAGUGCCGAUGGAAUGCCGCGUGAGCUGAUUCGUCUCGAAGGACACUCGAAACCGUGUGCAAGUGCUAAAUUUGUCAGCCAAAAUGAGAUUGUGACGGCUGGAAAGGAUGGAUCCAUUCGAAAAUAUGAUGUUACAUCACUGACGAUGAGGCAGAAGCUAGGAUCUGUUGGACCGGGAAAAGACAAGAAAGGAACCGUCCCAUCGAAUGGCACCACCAACAUUACUACUGACGUUCAAAAUGUAGCUGAAAUUGCAUUUGGAUGGCAGAGAGAAGCCGCGUGGAACAAUGUCUUCUGUCGUCAAGUAAAUGACACAAAAAUCACCACGUGGCAAACCCGCAACAACACUCAUGGAGCAUUCCAUCUGGAGCAUGAUCGAUUCAAAAAGAAGGUGGAUUUUAUUGAUGCGAGUGCGACGGCCCUUGCAGUCUCCUCUUGUGGAAAUUUCGUUUUUAUCGGAUAUUCUACAGGCCACAUCGAUCAAUUCAAUGCUCAAUCGGGUCGUCACGUGCACUCAUACACCUCCGCACCGCCUAAAUCCUCAAAAAAGAAUUCCAAAAACCGAAAAUCCAAGUCCUCGUCGUACAUCAACUCAAACGGGUCUCUUCAAAACGACGCCCCAGCCGCUGAUUCUCCAAUCACCGCGUUAUCAGUGGAUCAGUUGAAUAAGGAGUUGAUGGCAGUUGAUAAGGAUGGACAUAUCGUAUUUUGGUCGUUGGCAACGAAGAAACCAGUAGCCAGAAUGUUCAAAUCCGGUGUCCAACUGGGAAUCAGUGCUCAAUGCCCUGUGAAUAGUCUUGUGGGCGUGGUCUCAAUCACAGAGGCUGGAAAAGAGGGCGUGGUCUUGGUUGACACCAUUUGUCAUACUGUAGCUAGAGCAUUUGAGCACGUUGGACCAAAAGUGAAUGCGCUGACUUUCUCUAGUGAUGGAAAAUGGCUCCUGGUAGCUGAUAAUCAGAGCUAUGUUCGAGUUUUUGACAUUGUGACGUCCCAACUCAUUGAUGUGCUCUUGUUCUCGAAACCCUGCGUCUCUCUGUCUUACAAUGAGACUGGACAGUAUCUGGCUACAGUACACGAGGGAGAGAGAGCCAUUUACACGUGGGCGAAUAAGGAGAUGUUCGCGAUGGAUUGUGUUGUGAGAGCACUUCCGCCGAAUUAUGUGCCGGAAUGGGAUGCGGGUAAGGCUUGGAAAGGGGCCGCCAACACGAAACAGGACCUGCUCGCUGCGUUCGAUAUCCUUCGCCAGAUGAAUUUGUCGGGAAUCGAUUUUCAGAUUCGCUCGCUGAAUCCGAAGACGUUGCCGAUCUUCUUCAGAAUGUUGUUGGAGGUCCUGAAAACCAAGAAAAACUUCGAACUUGUCCAAUCCUACGCUGUCACCGCUCUCAAAACCCACCGUUCCAUCGUCUGGAGCACCAAGAAUGGUAAUGACGUGGCAUCGCCAGAAGACGAGGAGCUCACAGAGGUUUUGGAGGAAUUUUAUAAGUACGAAAAGGAGAAUUGGAACGAGCUGGAGGACCUUUUUGUGGAGAACAUGGCCGUCGUUCAGUGGAUCAAAAAUGCACUUCUUUAA